CCGCAAUCCUCGACGUCUACACAUUUAAAGUGACUCACAGCUCCUGUAUAAGAGCUCAGCUUCGCAUUUGUCUCAAGGAGACUAAUUGUACCUUCUCACAACACAAUUGUAAAACGACACCAUGGAGACCAUCAAGAAGACAUUUGCGCAAUGCAAGAAGGAGGGCAGAUCUGCCCUCGUCACCUAUGUGACUGCAGGCUAUCCUACGAUAAAAGAGACACCCGACAUUCUGCUUGCCAUGGAAGCUGGUGGCGCGGACAUUCUCGAGCUCGGCAUGCCCUUUACCGACCCCAUUGCGGACGGCCCCACGAUCCAGACGGCCAACACCCAAGCUCUCCAGAACGGGGUAACAACCUCAGAUGUCUUGCAGAUGGUCCGCGAUGCCAGGAAGCGCGGCCUCAAGGCGCCUGUCAUGCUGAUGGGAUACUACAACCCUCUGCUGAGCUACGGCGAGGAGCGCAUGUUGCAGGACGCGAAGGAGGCUGGUGCCAACGGCUUCAUUAUGGUUGAUCUGCCUCCGGAGGAAGCUCUGCGCUUCAGGAACUUCUGCACCAGCUACGGCCUGUCUUAUGUCCCCCUCAUUGCCCCCGCUACAUCCGAGCACCGUAUGCGCGUCCUUUGCAAAAUCGCCGAUUCCUUCAUCUACGUCGUUUCCCGUAUGGGCGUCACCGGCGCCAGCGGAACCAUGAACGCCGCUCUUCCUCAGUUGCUCGAUCGCGUCCACAAGUACUCUGGCAACAUCCCGGCUGCCGUUGGCUUUGGUGUCAGCACAAGAGACCACUUUUUGAGCGUCGGCAAGAUCUCAGAGGGUGUCGUCAUUGGCAGCCAGAUCAUUAACGAGAUCGCUGCAGCUGCACCCGGAGAGGGCGCGAAAGCUGUCCAGGCGUACUGCGACAAGAUCUGCGGCAAGAGCAGCCGACUGCCAGUACACACGCGCGAAGUCGGCAUCAUCGAAACUAUGAACGAGGCGAAGGAGCUCGAUGGCGUCCAUGUCGAUAAGAUCAUCACCGAUGACGACGUUCCCGAUGGCCCUGGACUCGCUGAUCAGCUCGAAGCUUUGAACAUGGACGACGCGGACGGCGACAAAGACGAGUCCGCGCUCCCUCAGCGAUUUGGCGAGUUCGGCGGCCAGUACGUGCCCGAGUCGCUAAUGGACUGUCUUUCUGAGUUCGAAAAAGGGUUCAACGAGGCAAUUGCCGACCCAAAGUUCUGGGAAGAAUUCCGAUCACACUACGAAUGGAUGGGCCGUCCAGGUCAUAUGCAUCUGGCAGAGCGACUCACCGAACAUGCUGGAGGUGCGAACAUCUGGUUGAAGCGUGAGGAUCUGAACCACACCGGAAGCCACAAGAUCAACAAUGCCCUCGGACAGAUCUUGGUUGCUCGACGACUCGGCAAGACUGAGAUCAUCGCUGAGACCGGAGCUGGUCAGCACGGCGUCGCAACUGCGACCGUGUGCGCCAAGUUCGGCAUGAAGUGUACUAUCUACAUGGGUGCUGAAGACGUCAGGCGUCAAGCGCUGAACGUGUUCCGCAUCAAGCUGCUAGGCGCCUCUGUUGUUGCUGUUGAGGCCGGUUGCAAGACGCUUCGUGAUGCGGUUAACGAAGCUAUGCGUGCCUGGGUUGUCAAACUCGACACGACUCACUACAUCAUCGGGUCCGCCAUUGGUCCUCACCCCUUCCCUACGGUCGUCCGUACCUUCCAGUCUGUCAUUGGUGACGAGACAAAGAAACAGAUGCAGGAGAUGCGUGGCAAGCUUCCUGACGCAGUCGUCGCUUGUGUGGGCGGCGGCAGCAACGCCGUCGGAAUGUUCUACCCCUUCUCCAAGGACCCGUCUGUGAAGCUUCUCGGUGUAGAAGCUGGUGGCGACGGUGUCGACACCGACCGCCACAGCGCUACCCUCUCCGCCGGUACCAAGGGCGUGCUACACGGCGUCCGCACAUAUGUCCUCCAGAACAAGCACGGACAGAUCAGCGACACGCACUCCGUCUCUGCCGGCCUCGACUACCCUGGUGUCGGGCCUGAGCUGUCCAGCUGGAAGGACAGCGAGCGCGCCAAGUUCAUCGCCGCUACUGAUGCUGAGGCCUUUAUUGGUUUCCGCCUCAUCUCCCAACUUGAGGGUAUUAUUCCUGCGCUUGAGACGUCUCACGCUGUUUAUGGCGCUAUUGAGUUGGCCAAGACGAUGGACAAGGGCCAGGAUAUCGUCAUUUGCUUGUCGGGUAGAGGUGAUAAGGAUGUGCAGAGCGUGGCUGAGGAACUGCCUAAGCUGGGUCCUAAGAUUGGAUGGGAUCUGAGGUUCUAAACCAUCUCGCCAAUCAUAUGGUUGAGUGCUUUUCCGGCUGAGAAGCUGGGUUGUGUACCAUAUAUCUAAAUCUCACCCGCCAAGUGCCAGCCAAUUGUAGUAUAUACAAAUACAAAAUGUACAUUUCGAGACGGU